AAAGAGGCAAAGAAGCUAGCAAGGCAUGGCUAGAAGGUCCACCAUCGAUUCUUGACCAGACUUGGUGGAAGCCAUGAGAGGUCACAGCCACAGAGUAGGAAGGGCUGCGAGAAAGAGGAGACGGAAACGUUCCACCGCCAUCCAUUCAGGCAGGAAAGAAGUUCUAGUUCCUAGUUUCACAGCAGUAAACCUGAGUCAUCACAGAAACAUUAACACUCUCCAUGUCUCUCUGAACUGCCAGCCUCUCUUAGUCAUCAGCUGCAGUACGUAAGACUCAUGAAGUUUCUCCACCAGAGAGGAUUCACCUCAACGUUCCUGCAGCCAGCACUGUUCUCUGAUACAGGCAGAGGACUGCAGACUGUCCAGACUAUCAAGAGAAACAACUGGAUUUUAUCAGAGAACAGCAUCGAGGCCCACUGGUCCCUCAUCCAGCAUAAACACUCCCUGGCCUGCCUGGUGGUGUGUUCAGGUACUCUUACAGGUCGUCUAGCACGCAGACCACCCUGAUGUGAACGGUUUCUAAUGAUCUUAUGUAACACUUAGGUGACUCUCACCUCCAUUAAAUGUGCCUGGAGAUGAGUGGCAUUCAUCAUCUGGUUCUGCAGAGUUCUGUUCCCAAUGAAGCGGUCAUCAGUGUGGGAUGUGUUCAAAGGACGUCCAUUUCUAUGCCUUUGUAUGACUCUGCCCGUCUCUCUGGAUCUCUGUUGCAACCUGCUGAUGACACUAAGCUCAGUGGCCACUUCUUUGUUCAUCUCAGAACAUCGUGUUUGAAGCCUUGCAAAGGCGAGCCAGGGGAGCUGGUCAUUUCUCUCCCAGAAUCCUGUCUUCUCACAACAUCAACGGUUCUGAACAGCUACCUGGGACAGUAUAUCAAGAGUUUGAAUCUGUACCCUGUCUGCAGUUGGAAUCCCCGUCUUUCACCUCUCUUGGCACUUUGUGUCUUUCUGGUGUGUGAGCGCCAACAUGGGGAGGGCUCUGAUUGGUUCCCCUACAUCGACGUGCUGCCCAGCUCUUACACCUGCCCAGCAUAUUUCUCGGAUGCGGUCUUAGAUGUUCUGCCAGUCGCCAUGAGGAGGUGGGCCUUAGAGCAGAGGGAGGAGGUGCGAGAGAUGCACUCCUCCAAUCAGGAGUUUUUCAGGACUCUGCAGCCAGUUCUAAGCCAGUGCACAGAAGAUGUACUUACCUAUGAUGCACUGAGGUGGGCCUGGUGUAGUGUGAACACACGCUCUGUCUUCAUGUCCCGACCGUCUAACAGCUUCCUGUCUGGACCAGAUAAUUACGCUUUAGCUCCAUUUCUGGACCUCCUUAACCACCGUCCUGAUGUGCAGGUAAAAGCAGGCUUUAAUAACCAGACAAAAUGCUACGAAAUCAGGAGUGUUUGCGGGACACAGCGCUAUGAGCAGGCAUUCAUUAACUACGGUCCCCAUGACAACCAGCGCUUGUUGUUGGAGUACGGAUUUGUCACCAUGAGCAGUCCUCAUAGCGUUGUCUAUGUGGAAACAGAUCUCAUAUGUGACGUUUUAAGAGACGAUAAGAGUUUGGAUCAGAAGAUGAAGUUCCUCAAAGAGAAUAAUUUCCUUCAUAAUCUCACCGUGUCCAGUGAGGGUCCCAGUUGGAGGCUGAUGGUGGCUCUCAGGCUGUUAUCUCUGCCACAAACACUACACCACCUGUGGAGGGCAGCCUUGCACGGUCAGAUUGUGGGUGAAAAGACAGAGGCCAGAAGCAACCAGACAGCCAGGACUUUAUGUCAACAGCUGCUGAAAGAUACACAAAAGGCUCUAGAUAAGAUCUUGCACCUUCUUGCUCAGUGUGGGCAGCCAGACAGGGAGCAGCUGGAAGUGGUGAAGGCGUUGCGGAAGGAGGAGAUGUGGAUCCUGGAGUGCUGUGUUAAAGCUCUAAAAGACUCAGUCCAUCUAGAUGAUGAGAUGUCCUCAUGCAAGGCAAACAUUGGAGCAAUGAGCUGACCGAACUUCUGUUCUCACAAUUGCCGUAUCGAACCACAUUAUUGGCUGAACUGCUUCCUGCAUAGAAGGCUGCCAAGAAGUUCAGUACGACUGCCUGGUGUGCUGCAAACGGAGCAUCGCAGGUCUGAUCUGGCGAAUAAAAACAGUAGCUGCCAUCUAUGGAGCUCCAUCACAUGAACUCUGAAAAUGUGUGAAAGUGCCUUUUAAAAGUAUUCAUACCUCUUGGAACUUUUUUACGUUUCCAAAGUGUGUUUUGGGUGGCAGACCAACACAAGUAGUUUAAUUGUGACGUGGCAGGAAAAAGAUACGUGGUUUAUAGAAAAUGUUAAAAUAAAAAUCUGAAAAAUG